CCUCUCCCCCGAACCCUAUCUCUCCCAGCGCCGAAAGUUUCGCUGGAAACCUAGUCUCGGUCCGUCUCCUCGCGCUCAAAACCCGCCGGCCGACCGCUCCUUGCCGGCGAUUCCUCCUCGUUGGUGCUCUCCUCCUUGUCGGAUCGCCUCUCCCUCUCUGCACGGAACUCGCUCUCGGCAUUGCAAGCGCCGGCUUUUCCCUCUUCUCUCUUUUUUCCAAACCCUAGCCGAGCCCUUCUUCCCCUCGUUCAUCUGAGCUUUUGGAAAUUUAACUUGAAAACUGCAGAAGAUGGAUUCUCAGGUGAAGCUGGCUGUUGUUGUGAAGGUGAUGGGGAGAACUGGUUCUAGAGGUCAGGUGACCCAAGUCCGGGUCAAAUUUAUGGAUGAUCCAAAACGAUUAAUCAUGCGAAAUGUGAAGGGUCCAGUCAGGGAAGGAGACAUCCUUACCCUUCUAGAAUCUGAAAGAGAAGCUCGGAGGCUUCGUUAAAUUAUAUUAUUAUCAUUGCAUGUUUCUGCUCACUGUUUGGUCUCUACUUGUUGUUUGCUCUGAAGUACUUCAUAUGCAUCUUUUCAUGUAGAACUGUUGCAUGUUUCUGCUCACCAUUUGAUAUCUACUUUUUAUAUGCAUCCUUUUAUUUAUGUAUCGAUAAAACUUGAGGUAUUUUCU